AUAGAGGCACCAUCUGGUGCUGAUAAAUUAGAAUUUUUCCCCAGUUGAACAAUUUUUUAGCUGAUUAAUGACAAGUUUUUCAAGUUUUCUUCGACGACACAACUCAAUAUUAAACACAAUUAGACUACGAAGAAAUAUGUCAAUCGAUGGUAAAUCUAAAAUAUAUAUAACUAGGCAGAUUCCGUCUGAAGCAUUAGAAAAAUUAAAAGAUGAAUGUAUUAUCGCUCAAUGGAAAGAGGCGGAAUCAACAGUACCCCGAAACGAAUUAUUACAAAACGUCAAGGGAAUACAUGGUCUGUAUUGCCUGUUAACAGAUAAGAUUGAUAAGGAAGUAAUCGGGGCCGCUGGACCGAACUUGAAAGUUAUUAGUACCAUGUCAGUGGGUUUCAAUCAUAUCGAUUUGCAAACAUGUAAAGAACAAAAUAUUCGUGUUGGCUAUACACCCGAUGUUCUAACAGAAACUACUGCUGAUUUAACGGUAACCUUGUUGUUAACCGUUUGUAGGCGAAUAACAGAAGCUGUUGCCGCUGUUAAAGACGGGAAAUGGGGAACUUGGAGUCCGCUGUGGAUGUGCGGAACUUCUUUAAAAGGCUCAACUGUGGGAAUUUACGGUUUUGGAAGAAUUGGUAUCGCAACAGCUCGUAGACUAAAACCUUUUGGGGUUAAAGAGAUUAUUUAUAGCACAGCAAGCGGUUCAAAACCAGAAAUUGACAAUGAACUUGGGUCAAGAUAUGUGGAAUUCAGUGAACUCUUGGAAAAGAGCGAUUUCUUGUUGGUCACUUGUUCUCUGACAGCUGAUUCGACUGGAAUUUUCAACAAUAACGCUUUUAAUCAAAUGAAAAAAAACAGUAUUCUGAUAAAUACUUCUCGAGGCGAGGUUGUCGAGCAGAACGAUUUAAUAGACGCCCUACGAUCGGGAAAGAUUAGAGCUGCUGGUUUAGAUGUCACUACACCUGAACCCUUGCCUACUGAUAGCGAAUUAUUACAACUGAAUAAUUGCAUUGUUUUACCGCAUAUUGGGAGUGCAACUAUUGAAACUAGGACGCAGAUGGCGUUACUCGCUGCCGAAAAUCUUCUUUCGGGCUUAAAAGGGACCGAAAUGCCCGGUGAAUUGAAGCUAUAAAAACAAUCUAGAGAACAAAAAUCAUUAGACGCCGCAGUCGUAAAAUAUUAAAGGAAAUAGCAAUAAAAAGAAUAAACUUAUAAAAAAGAAAUAAUGAAUAUAUAAAAAAAAACAAGAUCGAAAUUCUUUUGAUUUUAAAAUAACUU